UACAGCUCAAAGUACAUAAAAUAUAUAUCGAUUGUUUUAUUUAUAUAUUUGAAAGGUGUUGUUCAAAAUUAUAUUUUUUAAUCUUGUUAAAUUGGUGCCUCCCAAAAUGUUACCCAAUUUGGCAAGAAUGGGACUCCAGUUGCGGAGAUUGAGAGUUGAUAAAAUUUCAGUUCGUCUUAAGCAUCAGAUGCCGGAGAAUCUGAAGAAAGUUGAGACCGACAAGGAUCCAGAAUUCUCGGCAAUGGUCCUUUAUUACUAUCACAAGGCUGCCCAGACCAUGGAGCCAGCUCUGAUCAAGGAAAUGGAGAAAUAUCCACAUCUAAAGCCCGAGGAGCGACAGGCACGCGUCUCUGCUAUCCUUAAUCUUCUGGGAAGUGUUUCAACCUCGGUGGAGGUUAAUUUUCCGAUUGUAAGGAAGAAUGGCAACUAUGAGAUUAUUAACGGUUAUCGCUCCCACCAUGUACGCCAACGUCUGCCUCUCAAGGGCGGGAUCCGUUACGGCUUGGACGUAGAUAGUAACGAGGUAAAGGCUCUCGCCGCCAUCAUGACCUUCAAGUGCGCAUGCGUAAAUCUACCAUACGGUGGAUCGAAAGGCGGCAUCUGUAUCGAUCCCAAGAAUUAUACUGUAGAUGAACUUCAGACGAUCACAAGAAGAUAUACCAUGGAGUUGCUAAAGCGUAAUAUGAUAGGUCCUGGGAUCGAUGUACCAGCACCCGAUGUAAACACCGGUCCACGGGAGAUGAGCUGGAUUGUCGAUCAGUACCAGAAGACUUUUGGCUACAAGGACAUCAAUUCAUCGGCUAUUGUCACGGGAAAACCUGUUCAUAUUGGUGGGAUUAACGGUCGUCAUUCGGCCACGGGAAGAGGUGUAUGGAAGUCGGGGGAUCUCUUCAUCCAAGAUCAAGAAUGGAUGGAUUUGCUUAAAUGGAAGACGGGCUGGGAUGAUAAGACGGUGAUAGUGCAAGGAUUUGGCAAUGUUGGCUCCUUUGCUUCCAAGUUUGUGCACGAGGCGGGGGCCAAGGUCAUCGGACUCAAGGAGUUUGACGUUUCUUUAGUUAAUAAAGAUGGCAUCGAUAUCAAUGAUCUCCUUGAAUACAAAGAAGAAAAGAAGACCAUUAAAGGAUACCCCAAGGCUGAGGAGUCAAAGGAAGAGCUGCUAACGGCAGAGUGCGACAUCCUUAUGCCAUGCGCCACUCAAAAGGUGAUUACCAGCGAUAAUGCCAAGGACAUCAAGGCUAAACUGAUUCUGGAGGGCGCCAACGGACCCACCACACCAGCUGGGGAGAAGAUCCUGUUGGAUAAGGGAGUACUCAUAGUACCCGAUCUCUAUUGCAAUGCCGGUGGUGUAACCGUAUCAUACUUUGAGUACCUAAAGAACAUAAACCACGUAUCCUAUGGAAAAAUGAACUCCAGAACCACCUCUGAACUUAUCAUCGAGCUGAUGAACUCAAUCAACGAGGCUUUCUGUCAGUGCCCAUCUAUUGGCCUUCCCGAGAUCAAACCCAAUAAGAAACUAAAGAAGAUAAGGGAGUGCACCACGGAGGCGGACAUCGUGGACGCAGCUCUCCAGACUGUAAUGGAAUCUGCUGCACGUGGCAUCAAGCAGGUGGCUAACAAAUUUGAGCUGUGCAACGAUCUGCGAAGGGCUGCCUAUAUCUGGUCCGCCUUCAAGAUUUUCCAGGCCUUGGAAAGCUCCGGUAUUUCUCAACAGUGAUUUGGAGCAAUCACUUACUCUAAAAUUUUCAAUGAAAUUUAUUAUUAUUUAUUACCUCAUAUUGUUAAUAGUUUUUUAAUUUU